UCUCCCUGCCAGCUGGAGCAAGCAGCGAGACGCUGUGUGAGAGUGGGAAGGGCCUUAGCAAACAGCUCUGUGGCCCAAUGGUUUUUCUUCGUCUUCGCGUGCCGGCCAAUGAGGCCCGCGAGGCGGGACUUCCGUCUAGCCUUGGUGUUGUCGUCCCCACUUCGAUUCCGGCUGUGGGGGUCGGUGCGGAUAUUCAGUCAUGAAGUCAGGGUAGGGACUUCUCCCGCAGCGACGCGGUGGGCGAGCCUAUUUGUGUUGCGGGGCCAGGCUUCCAGGUGAUUUUACAGCAAGAUGCUGCUCUCCAUCGGGAUGCUCAUGCUGUCAGCCACACAAGUCUAUACCAUUUUGACUGUCCAGCUCUUUGCAUUCUUAAACCUACUACCUGUAGAAGCAGACAUUUUAGCAUAUAAUUUUGAAAAUGCAUCUCAGACAUUUGAUGACCUUCCAGCAAGAUUUGGUUAUAGACUUCCAGCUGAAGGUUUAAAGGGUUUUUUGAUUAAUUCAAAACCAGAGAAUGCCUGUGAACCCAUAGUGCCUCCACCAUUAAAAGAUAAUUCAUCUGGCACUUUCAUCGUGUUAAUUAGAAGACUUGAUUGUAAUUUUGAUGUAAAGGUUUUAAAUGCACAGAGAGCAGGAUACAAAGCAGCCAUAGUUCACAAUGUUGACUCUGAUGACCUCAUUAGCAUGGGAUCCAACGACAUUGAUGUGCUAAAGAAAAUUGACAUUCCAUCUGUCUUUAUUGGGGAGUCAUCAGCUAAUUCCCUGAAAGAUGAAUUCACAUAUGAAAAAGGGGGCCACAUUGUCUUAGUUCCAGAAUUUAGUCUUCCUCUGGAAUACUAUCUAAUCCCCUUCCUCAUCAUAGUGGGGAUCUGUCUCAUCUUGAUCGUCAUUUUCAUGAUCACAAAAUUUGUCCAGGAUAGACAUAGAGCUAGAAGAAACAGACUUCGUAAAGAUCAACUUAAGAAACUCCCCGUGCAUAAAUUCAAGAAAGGAGAUGAAUAUGAUGUAUGUGCCAUUUGUUUGGAUGAAUAUGAAGAUGGCGACAAGCUCAGAAUCCUUCCUUGUUCCCAUGCUUAUCACUGCAAGUGUGUAGACCCCUGGCUAACUAAAACCAAAAAAACUUGUCCAGUCUGCAAGCAAAAAGUUGUUCCUUCUCAAGGCGACUCAGACUCUGACACAGACAGUAGUCAAGAAGAAAAUGAAGUGUCAGAACGUACCCCUUUACUUAGACCUUUGGCAUCUGUCAGCACCCAGUCAUUUGGGGCCUUGUCGGAAUCCCGCUCACAUCAGAACAUGACAGAAUCUUCAGACUAUGAAGAGGAUGACAACGAAGAUACCGACAGCAGUGAUGCAGAAAACGAAAUUAAUGCACAUAGUGUUGUAGUCCAGCUGCAGCCUAAUGGUGAACGAGAUUACAACAUAGCAAAUACUGUUUGACCUUCAGAGGGUGAUUGGGUUAUUUCCUAAUAAAUGUUUAUUUAGGUAUAAAAUUUUUUUGCUCCCUUCAGAGAUUCCUGUAGAAAUAACUUAUUUUUUAGUAUUCUAUCAGAUUACUGAAGGUUUUUUUGAUCUGGUAUUUAUCUGCAGGAGUAUACUUCAUUUCACUGAUAACUAGUAAUAGACUGGUGCCGUAACUCAAGCAUCAAAUCAACUCUUCUUUUGGAAUGAACUAUAGCCAAAACAUUUAAAAAAAAAAAAAAAAAAUUCCUCCGUAUAGCUUGCGGUUAAGACCUAGAUCACAGUAUGCAAAUGUUUCGUGUUUUACACACAAGGUCAGUGCUGUGGCCACCUAGCAUGAGCUAAUAAGCAACUUCCAUUUGCAUAAAGUUUACCUAGAGUUGUUGAGUUGGAAUAUAUUUGUUUUUGUAUUUUCCCAAAUUACCAUCACUCAUAGGGGUAACAAUUUAGUAUUUUUCCUUCUAUCAGCGCCACAAAGAAACUCAGUGCUGUCUUUUUUCUUUCUAUUCCCAAGUAGUCUUAUCCUGACAGAAAUGGUCUGUACUAGUGCAGAUUUCAUAGAUUUGUUUUUUCCCCCCACCAAGGUUUUAAAUACUAUAGUGUUAUGUAUGAAUUUGAUUCAUCAGCUAAAGUAACAUGUCUCUGGACUUGACUUACUGAAUUUCAGUAUCCUUAAGGGUU